CUCAUUUUGGGCGAGAAAUAUAAAAACUGAGAUAGACAAAUAUCACUACAUUUCGAAGCUUUGAUUACAGUGAAGUCUUAUUAACUGGAUAGUUGUAUAUUGAGGAGUAGUAUUCUCACAUACUGUGACGGCUCAGAAUGGAUGAUGACCAGACAAAUGACUCAGAUGGAACGGAUAAACUCCAGAAAUUCGGUCUACAAGCAUAUAUGGCAGCGAUUUACGGAAGUCAUGAAAAAUUGAACAAACUAUUGGAAGAGACAAAUGUUACACAAUAUACAGACGACUUAACUGGAAUGAUGCCGAUUCAUGCAGCUGCAGCUUGGGGGAAUCCAAAAUGUAUUGAAGUUCUUGUUCAACAUGGUUGUGAUGUGAAUCAGUUUGACUCAAUGAACUGCCUACCCAUUCAUCAUGCAGCCAGAAAUGGGCAUACUGCUACUGUGGAAUGGCUUAUGAAGAAUGGAGCGAAUCUUUUGCAAUACAAUUUAUUCGGCCAAAAACCGGCAGAUUUAGCUAUGGCCAACCAUUUCCCUGAGCUUGCAGAUAUAAUUGGUCGACAAACUAAAAAGCAAGUGAAAGCUUUGGAAUCUAAAACUUUACGUGCAUCGAAUUCUAUAGAAUCAAGGCCAGAUAAUGCAUAA